AGCAGCUGGAUCAGUUGGUUCCUCGGGAUCAAGGGCAACGAGUACCUCUGCCGCGUGCCCAUCGACUACAUUCAGGAGACGUUCAACCAGAUGGGACUGGAGGACUUCACCGACACACUGCAAGUGAUACUGAAUCCGGUGUUCGACAGUUCCUUGGACUGGGUCGUCGGCGAUGAGGAGAAGUGGUACGGCAUGAUCCACGACCGAUUCAUCAUGUCAGAGAGAAAAGCCCUGCCUGUGGGCCCCAGCGACGUGUGGGUCAAGUCCAACGUGAAGAUCUUCUGCCCUCGCUGUAACGAUACACAGCCGGACCAAAGACACUAGA